AUGGAUGUGCAGGAAGGAAGGAAAGGGAUACCGUCGUUGCUCUCCUCGCAGGGGGAGUGCAUUGCAUCGAACAUCACACAGGUGGCUGUUGUAUUCCCUUUCUUUGUGUCGCAUCAUUUCUUCCGAGAAAUACAUGAAAGUGUUGUGCAGUCUGCUAAAUUUUUGUUGAUGCUUGUUGCAAACCUGCAAUUAGUUAUGAGUAAACUCUCUGCCUUUCAGCUGAUUGGUUGGACGCCGCUGAUAGAACUGAAAAAUAUUGCCAAGAAGGAUGGCAUAGAUGCUCGGCUGAUUGGGAAGAUUGAGCCGUACCAGCCCCUUUCUUCUGUCAAGGAUCGAAGUGCUCUCAGAUUGAUUGAAGAUGCGGAGGAGAAAAGCCUGAUCUCACCUGGCAUAACAACGCUAGUGGCACUCACGAGUGGUAAUCUUGGUAUUGGUCUGGCAUUUGUUGCGGCUCAGAAAGGCUACAGAUUCGUUGCCGUCAUGCCAGCAAAAUUUGCAAUAGAUAAGCAGAUUUUGUUGAGAUACAUGGGCGUUGAAGUGAUAUUAGUUGAUGCUACAAUUAAUGGAUUCAAGGGGCUACUUGAUAGAGUAGAACAGCUUAAGAACGAAAUGGAAAAUGUUUAUGUUAUAGACCAGUUCACUAAUCCUGCAAAUCCCGACGCACACUUCAGAUGGACUGGUAACGUGAUCUCUUCAAUGUAA